AUGGGUCGAAUCAGUAUAGUGGUUUCUGAUCUGGUACUAUCCUUCAUGUGGAUAUGGGCAGGAGUUCUUGUCAACAUCUUAGUCCACGGAGUACUUGGAUUUAGCCGCAAGGAUACGACCGGCGAGAUCGUCGGAUAUAUAUUCUCUGUCAUCUCAAUGUUCGUUUUCGCUUUUCUUCAGAAACUCACCAAAGGCGGACAUUAUAAUCCUGUGGCCGCUUUGGCUUCCUGAGUCUCCGGUGGCUUCGGCAGUUUCAUCUUCACCGUCAUGGUUCGAGUCCCCGCCUAGGUGAUAGGAUCAGUACUUGCGGUUAAGCAUAUCAUUCACAUUUUCCCUGAGAUUGGAAAAGGACCAAAACUAAACGCAUCAAUCCAUCAAGGCGCUUUAACCGAGGGGUUACUAACAUUUUUCACAGUACUGAUCUCAGUGGGACUAUCAAGAAACAUCCCUGGAAGUUUCUUCAUGAAGACUUGGAUUAGUAGUAUUGCUAAGUUAACUCUCCAUGUUCAUGUUCUUGGAGUUGGUAUAACCGGCGGCUGCAUGAAUCCAGCAGCGGUUAUGGGAUGGGCUUAUGCACGCGGUGAACAUAUAACAAAAGAGCAUUUACUUGUGUAUUGGCUUGGAUCUGUGAUGGCUACGUUGCUUGUUGUUUGGUUCUUCAAUGUUGUGUUUAAGCCUCUGACAGAAGAACAAGAGAAACCUAAGGCAAAAUCUGAAUGA